UGUUGUCAUUGAGCUUCUGCAAAGAGCCUUAAAUAAUCAAGCAGCGGUUAAAACAAUUUAGACCUGUUCUGCGCUUCCUCGAUUCAGAGCCAAAGUUGUCAGUGAAGCCGAAAACGGGCUUCACCUUUCGGUGUGGACUAGCCGAACUGUAGCGUGGGUGUUUCUCGUUCGUGAAAAGUUCCGUCUGGAAGGAAAACAGCAAGUCUGGUCCAACACGGUCCUUGCCAGUUUGAAAUCAAUUCAUUUUUCAAUGGAAUUCGGCGUCCAUGUCUGAGCUUGACUAGGUUAAAAACUCAAGACGUGUUCACGUGCGUAGAAAAUGAGAGUUUUGGGUUUGGAGGGAUCAGCAAGCAGCACAGAUGACCACCCAAAGGAAGUAUUUAUUCAAUGUAUUGAUUUAUUUAACAGAAAAGCAGUUAUGGCAUGGUACAUUAUUGCACGUGAUGGUACCUUACUGUUUAUUGCUGUACAUGAUGGUACAUGGUAUCGAUCCUAGUUAGUUGUAGGACUUACAGUCAUUUGGACUGAAUUAAGAGUCCUUUUACUUGAAACUCGAAAUGCAAAACAUGAAGCUUCUGCUCGCACUUCAGCUUCUCUAAGUUCAGUACCCGGACCCGGUCUGGGACUGGGAUAGAACUGUGCUGGAGCAAGUCGGGAUUAUGCUGCAUUUACGGCUCAUUUUGGGAGGCAAUCCGGAAAGACUCUGAUGAUGGUGCAUCCCUCCAAGAUGGUGUUGGUGUUGUCCGUGUUUAUCUUCAGUGUUUGGCUCAGCUGUUGGCCAUGCCCUUUCAAGGACAGUCUGCGGGUAGAAUGAUGGGAAACAUCCAGGGAACCAGGAGGGGAAACACAGACGGAAACAUGGAGAGAAACGUGGAAGAGAAACAUGGAGGGGAAACAUGGCAUCCCAUGUAGGGGCAGCGACCACACCCUCAUGCAGUAUGACAUCACACUUGGGGGUGUGGCCUAGACAACCGAACCUGCAGGUGCGUUAAACAUACCGGCCCACGGUGGAAUUACUGUCUGCUCUCUUCACCUCACCCCCCCCCACCAAACGGCCACCCUCCUCCCGGGCUUUGUGUCAGCACUGCCUCUCAUUGGCUGGAGGGACAAGCACCGGUGGACGUGAUUGGCUGGCACGCCGCCCGGAGGAAAGAGGCAGGGCCGAGCCGAUUGAUAAAAGGAGGAAGAGGAGGAGCUGAGGCACGAUGAGUCGACGGCGUGCACACAACAAGUGUUCAGAGAGACGGCAAGAGGAAGAGGGGGUUACCACGGCAACACAGAGGACACCACCACCAGCAGCAGAGGACAAACAGAUUGAAGAAAUGCCAGGCAAACAGUCGUGGUGCUCCAGUUGCACCUCCGACCUGCAUCCAAGCCCUCGGGAAUUCACUGGAGACCAGUAGGAACAUCAGCAAAAGUCCUGAGAAUAAGGAUAUUUUGGGGAAUUUGGUUGGCAAAGGUGCCAACAUGUCCCAAGCAGGCAAAGUCCUUCACCUGUAUGUCGAAGUGAGGUCUGUGCCUGAGGAAGAUGGGAGGACUCAUGGAAUUGGAAAUGAUGGAAGCAAUCACCUGAUCCUUCAGUGCCCAGAUGUUCUCCCUCACUCUCAAAGGAGCUCCAUCCAUUCCAGCCCCAACCGGAGUCCAGACCUUUCCCCGCUCACCCAGCGCAGAAUGCUGGACGGAUGCCACAGCUCGUCUCCCUCUAACUCAUCUUCGAGGCACUCAGUCAGCCCUCAGGGUCAACACGCCGACGCCAUGGAGUCCUGUGCUCACGUCCACCAUGAAGAUAUGUUACCAAACAGUUUUGAAGAUUUGCUUCAAGUGCUCACGUGUGCAGGAACCAGUCCAGGUCCUAGCUGCUCAACAGCACCCACGUCUUCAUCGGAUGUGUAUCCCUAUCAGAGACGGGAGCUUACCAACUUACCUCAGUCGUCUUUUGGGAGACUUACUCCAUCUUCUACACCCACUUGCGGCCGCAGGACCUGUGAGGUCUUAGAUUCAGAAGAACAGGAAAGGAAGACAUCAGUGGUGACCUUUGGCUAUAUUGAGAAAUCAAAUGUUCAUAUGAUGGGCGGCCGUUGUCCUUCUUUGUGCCAAAUCGAGGCCAAAGGUAACCGAAGGGAGGAGCAGUUUGUGCCCGCCCACCUCAGGAAGAGACUAAGUGAUCCAGUUGGGUUCAGUGCUCGGGCCGGACAGGGUGAACUUUGCUCCCCACACGGCUCACCUUUCCUGCAUCGAGAGGUGGUAGCAAGAGAUGCCACACAUCGGGCCUUGGAGGAGUUCGGAUCGCCGGAACUGAGGCGUCGCUAUUCAAGUCGCAGCCAAGAGAACAACAGCCCAACAUUACCGCGAAACUAUAUGUCACCUACCUGUCACUCAUGGGAAGAAUCACCCGUCCAGCCACGCAUCACGCUCACCUUGCCGUCCAAUUCUCAUCUCCGAGACCUCGACAGGAGAGUUUGUCAGAAGUCCGUCAAUGGAUUGCCGAGAAGCCCCGCUACUGAUCAUCUGUGCGCACACACUGGCUUUCCGUCCCACGCGGUAUCUUCAACUCCAAGACUGCAUUCUUGCAACCCUCCGCAGAAUCAGUCAUCCUGGUCGAGGGAAAACAGUCCCAGAAUGUGCAGCAGAUUCCACGCUCCUUUACCUGCUGGAAGACCUACAGAUAUCCAGCAUGAGGUCCCAAGGAACAAAAGCAGUCAUGUGACCAGUGCUGGUAACGGCGGGAGAAGCUCCUCUGCCAUGACAUCUGCUGAGAUUUCUGUGGGACGGCAAACUCCUUCUCCGACACCGUCCCAGACUGAGUCACUGAGAUCAGUCAGUCCAAAUAUCGGAGGUAAAUUCUUCAGAACAUCCCAGCCGUAUUCCGGUCUACAAGAGGAGCUGUCAGUCAGUCCGAGACAAAAAAUGGACAAAUGCAAAUCUCAAAUCCGACCAGGAUAUGUCUCACCUGUCUUGGAUCAGCUCAGCUUACCUGAGAGGUCUCUCAUCUUAAAUUCACACCAGGAACACAGUUCAAAAGACAAACGGCAACACUCCGCUGGAGACCACAAACCUCCAUGCUUGGACUACAAGAAACUUGAUAGCUCCCACAGAAUAUCUGAGGCUUCUUCAUCUUUGAGUUGUACCUCCUCACACCAGGAACGAAGGAAGAUCAGUCCAGUCCAAGACAGCAUGGAAGCCUGUAAGGACAAAUCUAGAAGGUUUCAUUCUAGAGCCAAAGAAGAACGUUGCCAAAAGAACGACGAUAAAGCAAUACAGGAGCACAGCAAAUCGGUUCUGGGUUCGUCCAAGACCCGGAAAGAGGACGCUCAGGCUGACAGCAAGUCUGACAGAUGUGAAGCCGUGAGUCCGUCUUCAAGAUCACAAAAAAUCGCCCAAGCCAAGUGGGAUUUCCUGUUCGGACAGCAGACCCAGGAAGCACGCGGCAAUAAAGGUGUUUUGUCCACCACACCCCAACCUGUCCCCAGCCCUCCCCCCUCUGUCCAUCCCAAGCCAGCCAAUCAGAGGUGGGGGAGGGCCGACCAAGCUCAGAGGUCAUCAUCACAUCAAAAGGUUCGGAAAAUCGAAGUGGAGCUGGUCUCCGCUGACCCCAGAGGCUCCGCCCCCAAGACGGGUGUCAUACGGCGAAGCAUCAAAUACUCCGAGACGGAUCUGGACGCCGUGUCGUUGCGCUGCUACCGGGAAACUGACCUGGACGAGGUGAUGCGAGCGGAGGCGGAGACAGCCGAGGAGGUGGAUUCGGCCUUCGGGAGUCAUCGCAGCGUCCGAGGAAACUCCAGUUUCAGUCCUGCUGACGCUUCUCUGAAGGAUGAUGAGGAGAACGGCGUGGCGAGCUGGGCCAGCGUCCUCAUGCAGGGGGACAACCAGAGGCAGAGAGCCGCCGAGGACGAGACCUUCAGUCUCCUGCUGAAAGGGACUUCAGAGGUCAAGUCUCCAGUGGCUGUAGGCGUCCCCCGCCGGCCCUCCGACAGCAACCUGGACUCCUUUAGUCGCCAUUUUGAAAGCAUCAUGGAGUCUCACCGGGCAAAAGGAACCUCCUACAGCAGUCUGGACAGCGUAGAUCUCCUGACUUCUGGAUCCACGUCUGUGUUCACCUUUGACCUGCCCACUCUCACACCCGAGAUCCAGAGUCAGAUCUGCGAGAGCGCCAAGAACAUCAUUCAGCUCGGUUUCGCCCCUUUGGCUUGUCCGGAUCCGACCGGCCCCUCCGAGAUGUCUCGCUCUGAAAUCAGCCUCAGUGCGUCGCGGACGCGAGGGGAUGCCAAAGACGACUGCGCUGCUCCAGUUCGGACCAGGUCACAGAAAGAACCGUGGCGGCGCUCCAUUCUCAAAGAUGGCUUCCAAAAAGCCAGCUCGGUACCGUCGCUCCACAGCACUCCGAGGGAGCGCAUGGGGCACCGCCCCCCGGAGCUGCUUUACCCGCAGGCCGACGUGGCCGAGCGACUAGCGCACGGCGGCAGCGACGACGCGCUGGCCAACGGCGCCAAGGCCGACCUGCAGGCCGCCAAACGCCUUGCCAGGCGCCUCUAUCAGCUUGACAGCUUCAGGAAGUCUGACGUGGCUCGACACCUCAGCAAAAAUAACGAGUUCAGUCGUAUGGUGGCUGAAGAAUACCUAACCAACUUUGACUUCUACGGUCUGACCAUCGACCAGGCACUCAGAACGUUCCUGAGCAAGUUCACCCUGAUGGGAGAAACUCAGGAGCGUGAGCGAGUCCUUGCUCACUUUUCCAGACGCUACGUGCGCUGCAACCCAGAUGCCGACACCACGGAAGACAGCGUCCACACUCUCACAUGUGCAGUGAUGCUGCUGAACACGGAUCUCCAUGGAAACAAUGUCGGGAAGAGGAUGUCCUGCAGUCAGUUUGUCUCCAACCUGGAAGGUCUCAAUGAUGGAAAAGACUUCUCCAAGGACCUGCUGAAGACAUUGUACACGUCCAUCAAGAACGACAAGCUUCAGUGGACCAUCGAUGAAGAGGAGUUGAGGAAGUCCAUGUCAGAGUUGGCAGACGGCCGAACAGACUCCGCCUCCCACACCAUGAAGCGACUCGGGAGCAGCGGCAAUCACCUGGUGGGCGUGGCUCAGCAGGCAGACGGCGAGCUCUACAAGAGCGGCUUCCUGGUCCGCAAAGUCCACGCCGAUCCGGACGGAAAGAGAACGCCGCGUGGAAAGCGAGGCUGGAAGUCUUUCUAUGCCAUGCUCAAGGGUCGAGUUCUUUACCUGCAAAAGGACGAGUACCGUGCCGAACGCCAGCUGACUGAGGAAGACGUGAAGAACGCCGUGUCGGUCCACCAUUCCCUCGCCAUGAGAGCCGCCGACUACAGCAAACGUCCAAACGUCUUCUACUUGCGAACGGCCGACUGGAGGGUGUUUUUGCUGCAGGCGCCGAACGCCGAGCACAUGCAGUCGUGGAUCACACGCAUCAACGCCGUCGCAGCCAUGUUCUCAGCGCCGCCUUUCCCGGCGGCCAUCGGCUCUCGGAAGCGAUUCAGCCGUCCUCUUCUCCCGGGAUCAGACAGCAAACUGUCGCAGGAAGAGCAGCUCAAAUCCCACGAAGGUCGCUUCAGGGCCGCGGCCACCGAGCUGGAGGACGUCUUGGCAUCCACCGGCCAGCACAAGGUGAAAGGUCGCGAGCUGGACGAGCAGAAGCUGCGUCGGGAGUACUUGGAGUUUGAGAAAACACGUUAUGGUACGUACGCCAUGCUGCUGAGGGCCAAGAUGGCAGCCGGCGAUGGCGACGACUUGUCGGCAUUCGAAGCGCGACUCCUUGAGGAUGACACUAGCGGCGGCGGCAUCCAGAGGGCGCGCUCCAGCCCUACGCUGCCGCAGGAAGUAGACAACAAGGAGAGCCGAAGCAGAGACGAAGGAGGAAGCAGGAAGAAGAGCAAGCCACACUUGAGCGGCCAACAGGCGGCACCGAAGUUGCCGGCUGACGCGCCGACAGAUGGGGAGCAGGUCGCCAUGACAACCGCCUGAGAUGGCUGCACCGCGGUGGUGACUGUUGGAGAGACACGCCACGUACGCAAAGAACGUGUCCCACGGUCAGUUGAAAUGGAAUAUUUUGAGGAUUGUCCACCCCCGCCCCCUGCAGGACAGGAAGUGAACUGCACCUUUAGGACACUUUAUUCAUUAUUAUUAUUCACCACGGAAACAUGACAACGGAAAGAUCCAAUAAUAAUAAUAAUAAUAAUAUUAAAAUAGGAAGAUCAUUUUCAUCUUA